CUGGCCCCGCCGCCCGUCACCAUGUCGAGCCGGCAGCAGACGGUCGGUCCGUGUUGGUGCAAAGGCGUGGUGGGUGAGCUCGCACGCCCUGCAAGGCACCCGGGCGAGGGGCCGGCUGUCCCGCAGGGGACAGGGGCCAAGGUAGCGGUGCCAAAAGGAACAAGCGUCAAAGGCGGAGGGUGCCAAGGAGCGACUGAGUUCUGCUGUGGUUUAUUCAGAGCGCUGAAUGAAGAAAGGGAGUCCAGUUCAGGAUCAUGCCUGGGAUCAACCAAUGUGGUUUACCAAGCCCAUCACGUCAGCAGGAGUAAGAGAGGACAAGUUGUCGGUACCAGGGGUGGAUUUCGAGGCUGCACGGUUUGGCUAACAGGCCUUUCUGGAGCUGGCAAGACAACCAUUGGUUUUGCUCUGGAAGAGUACUUGGUCUCUCAUGGCAUCCCUUGCUAUUCCCUGGACGGUGAUAAUGUUCGGCAUGGCUUGAAUAAAAACCUGGGUUUCUCGGCUGGGGACCGCGAGGAGAACAUCCGCCGCAUCGCAGAGGUGGCCAGGCUGUUUGCUGAUGCUGGGCUCGUCUGCAUAACUAGUUUCAUUUCUCCUUUUGCAAAGGAUCGUCAAAAUGCGCGGAAAAUUCACGAGGCAGCUGGACUUCCUUUCUUUGAGAUCUUUGUAGAUGCUCCUCUAAAUAUUUGUGAAAGCAGAGAUGUGAAGGGCCUGUACAAAAAGGCAAGAGCUGGAGAGAUCAAAGGAUUCACAGGGAUUGACUCAGAGUAUGAGAAGCCCGAAUCUCCUGAACUAGUGUUGAAAACGAAUGUUGCGUCAGUGUCUGAAUGUAUUCAGCAGGUUGUGGAGCUCCUCCAGACACAAAACAUCGUGCCCCAUGGCUCAAUUAAGGAUGUUCUUGAGCUGUUUGUACCUGAAAAUAAACUCAAUAGUGUCCAAGCUGAAGCAGAGAUGCUGCCAUCCAUUGAGAUCACUAAGCUGGAUCUGCAGUGGGUGCAGGUGCUGAGUGAAGGCUGGGCCACUCCGCUGACCGGCUUCAUGCGCGAGGCAGAGUACUUGCAAGUGAUCCAUUUUGGCACCCUGCUGAAUGGAAGGAAUUGCUCGGUAGCUGACGGUGUUGUCAACCUGAGCAUCCCCAUUGUGCUGCCAAUCUCCACGGAGGACAAGGAGCAGCUGGAGGGCUGCGAGGCGCUGGCACUCAGCUACGCGGGACAGAGGGUGGCGGUCCUGAAGAGCCCCGAGUACUUCGAGCACAGGAAGGAGGAGCGAUGCGCCCGUGUCUGGGGCACCACCUGCGCGAAGCACCCGCAUGUCAAAAUGGUGAUGGAGAGCGGAGACUGGCUGGUUGGUGGAGACCUCCUUGUGCUGGAGAAGAUCAAAUGGAAUGAUGGGCUGGACCAGUACCGCCUGACACCGCUUGCUCUCAAGCAGAAGUUCAGAGAAAUGAAUGCUGAUGCUGUCUUUGCAUUUCAGCUGCGCAACCCCGUCCACAACGGGCACGCCCUGCUCAUGCAGGACACGCGGCGCCAGCUUCUGGAGAGGGGUUACAAAAACCCUGUGCUUCUCCUGCACCCCCUGGGAGGAUGGACCAAAGAUGACGAUGUCCCGCUGGAGUGGCGGAUGAAGCAGCACGCAGCGGUGCUGGAGGAGCAAGUCCUGGACCCCAAGUCGACCGUUGUUGCCAUCUUCCCCUCUCCCAUGCUCUAUGCUGGCCCCACAGAGGUGCAGUGGCACUGCCGAGCUCGUAUGAUUGCUGGGGCCAAUUUCUACAUCGUGGGGCGCGACCCUGCAGGCAUGCCUCACCCCGAGACCAAGAAGGACCUCUAUGAGCCCACGCAGGGAGGGAAGGUCCUCAGCAUGGCGCCGGGCCUGACCUCGGUGGAAAUCAUCCCCUUCCGGGUGGCUGCUUACAAUAAAUUGAAAAGGGCAAUGGAUUUUUAUGACCCAAGAAGGCACGACGAUUUCGACUUCAUCUCGGGAACACGCAUGAGGAAGCUUGCUCGUGAAGGUGAAAACCCACCAGAUGGCUUCAUGGCCCCCAAAGCUUGGAAAGUCCUAACCGAGUACUACCAGUCGCUGGAAAAAAAUAAUUAACGCUGCUCCUCCUCCCUAGAAAUACUUGUAUUAAGAGUGAGCAAUGAUUGAUUGAUUCCCUAUGACACAGAUCAGUUGCGUGGCAUUUCCAAUGCUCUGACUGUAGGAUUUUCCUACCUGGGUCAGAGAGUAUUUUACUAAUCAGAAAUACUUUGAGCCUGGUCCUUCUCCCCUUGAAGCUGCUGGAAGUGUCCCAGUGGAGCUGGAAGGGAAGGGCAGCGGGCCCUUCAUUCCCAGCUGAGAGUGGCUGCAGGAGGGUCAGCACAGCCCCUGGAUGGGCCAGCUGCAUCGUUCUGGUGCCACCAGGGCCAUGCACCAGCCCCCAGUGCAGAGCUGGGACCUCAGCACCAGAAUAAAAACGUGUCUGUCUCCUGCGUGGAGCAAAAAUGAAGAAGUGCCUUUCCGCUACCCCUCGCCCAGCACUGCCCGAAGAGGCAGGAGCAGCUGCUGAAGAGAGGAGCAGUUGCUGCUGCCAGGGUGGGAGGGGGAAACGGGCACUCAGUGCUUGGAUCCAGUCACUGCCCUCCAGGUUGUGCCUUUGACAAUUUUUGCAAACUAACAGCGGGAUUUUUUUUAACGCCGUUUUUUUAAAAGGAUUUUUUUUUUUUAAUCAGCCUUGACUAUCACCAGUUCCUUGUGGCCAAGACAAUUGCUCACUGUUCUGCCUUGCUUCCUCCUGCUUGACCUCUCUAGUCAAAGCAAAACCUGGGCUGAGCAUUGCUGGUGCUCCGAGUUCAGCUUUCUGUGGGGACUCUGCUGUGGCGAUCCCUGAGCUCCCAGCCUGGUGGGCCCAUGGGCGGGGGGAGCUGUCCUGGGAGACACUGUAAAGUCCGGGAGAUCUCUGAGAAAGCUCAGGGCAGCAAGCGAAAACUGGGCAUGCUGUUUACAUGCUUUUGUGGGUAUCCUCCCACCCGGCAGGAUCGGAUCCCCCUUUCCUCUGCCCACGCUCCUCCCAUCCAAAAGGUGAAUCAAAGGCAAAACAGCAAAAUCAUGGUGUGAGGUGGAUCUGAGCAGCUGUACCUGGUAAACCAGGCGAGAGAUGGCUCAAGUGCUUGCCCUCAUCAUCCAUACCCGUAGCCCUGUGUGGGUAUAGGUGACCUGAUUUUACUUUGUAUCUGUGGGAUGGUGAUGCUGGCUCCAGCUGGGGGACAGCCAGAGGAUGACAGAAAAGUUCUUGGGUCCCCCCAGCCACGUGGGGUGCUGCUGUGUGAAGGGCGAUGGUGCCGAGCCAAGAGCCAGUGGCUGGUGCUGCUCUCGGCACUGGCUGGUGGAAAGUUACUGCAGACCUUGCCGCCUUUUUUUUUUCCUCCCCAAAGCGGACUUUGCUGCUGUGUGUGACGUGAGCCUUUUCUGCUGACUCGCAGCUCUUGUGGUGACCUCCGACGAGGCUGAGCGGCAUGACUGAACACCGAAGCUUUCCCUGGUCCCAUCUGCGUCUCACCCCAAGCACGUCCCACCGGGACCAGUGCAUGUCUCGGGGGUGGUUGAGGUUUGAGCGCAAUGCCCUGUGUGGCUGGGAGCCCCUCAGCUGCCUGCCUGCCCCUGCCUGUGCCUCGGCAUCCUGCCUGGGGUCGGAGGAGGCUUUCCCAAGGAAAGGGCUGAUCCUGUGGCCCCGCUGUGCUGGUGACGAGGAGCGUGCCGCCUCCCCGGCCACCACGCUCUGGUGUGAGGUUUUUUUAGGGGAGGGAAGACAGCUAUGCACCUGUUUGUUAGUUAUUGCAACAACCUGAAUUGAUGAUUUUUUUUGUACUCCUCUUUUUUUUUUUAAGUAGACGCCCGAGGACCAGUCAGAAUGUGGUUUCAAAUGAAAUGGAAAUAGCGUUCUCCUCUUCUUGUACUUCAGUUUUAAUUACAGAUGGAUCUAUGCUCAGUAAAAACAAUCACGCUUCCGCUUGUAACUUAGGAUAGUGAGCUACAUUCGCAAGCUAAAAACCUGUUUUGCUGUGGCCAUGGUACAGGGUCCGACACUAUGUAUGCGAUUGGGAAUAUUUUUGCAAAAAGGUUUUUUCAUUUGGCAGCUGUUUUAGGGUUUUUUUUGUUUUUUUGUUUUUUUUUUUUUUUCUAAGUAUCCCGAGCAAAGAGCCCAAAGCUGUAUUAUACCUGAAGAAAAAUGCUGCAACGCCCAUGGAAGUAGCUGAAAGCACACUAGCACCAGUGCCUUUUACAUUCAGGCCCUCUGGCAGGGACCUGGAAGACAAAAGCAAUACUCAAAUUUUGCAAAUUGCAAUAUUUGUCGUUUUUAAGUAGUGAAAUAGUGCUGUCACAGCUCCUCUUAAAAUAAUCAAAAGGUUAAAAAAAACCCCCGCAGUAAAUCUAAAUGGUUACAGCAAAACACAAAUGUUGUAUUAUCCUUUUAAAAUAGUGUAGCGUACUGAUUACCUCUGAUAAACCUAGAGUAUGUGGACUAGUUUUUUUAUAGUGUAUUUAUUAAAGACAUGAGACUGGAAUUUGUACCUCAGCUGAUGCAUCUCAUGAUUUAAUAUAUUCUGAACUUGAUACUCUGCUACAAAACACUCACUUUUAGUACAAAUAAAUAUUUAUACAUGUAA